AAAAAGUUUUUAUGUUAACAUAACCGCACUCAGUUGAGAAACCACUAAAGAAGACAUUUACCAGAGGGGCCACGAUAGCGAAAGCUAAAUUUACGGCCUGAAGAUUACAGGUAUUACAGGUAUUACAGGGAUGAAGACUUAACUUAAAAAGCAGACCAUGUCUGAAAAAGGUUCAAGAACUGGGACCCCAAAGGGUUCCUUGAAAGGUUCAAAGGCAGGUACGCCUAGAAGCUCAAAAGCUAACACUCCCAAGGGGUCCAAGAGUAACACUCCCUUGCCAGACCAGCCAGCCGAUCCUGCAGCCGGGGCUUCAAAUGGGACAGCUGACCCAGAACAAGUGAAUGGGACAGCCGGUGAAGUAGAGCCUCCACUUGUAACUGAGAAUGGAGGAGCAGCAGAAGAUACAGCUCCUCAGCAGGAAGCUGAGGAAAAUCAGGAGCCGGAGGAGUUCAAACCUAGAGUGUCUGAUAUGAUCAAAUCAAGGGCAGCAGUAGCUAAUGCAAAUGAGGAAAGUGACAUUUGGACAGAAGCACACAAUGAAAUCAUCCAGAAGUUCAUUGACGACCCUGCGUUCAAGCUAAUCAUCGCUUUCCAAGAUCCACGUCUGGGAUUUGUUGUGGAUCAGAUAGUCCCGCCACACCCGCCAGAGCAGAUGGUGUACUUCAUCAAGGCUGACAAUGUCAAAGAUGGAGUGACCUUUGAGAAUUUCUUCAAGGUUGUGCAAUAUGGGUCGGUGAAGAGCAUGCAUAUCGAGAGUUUGUUGAGGGUGAUGAUGGGCAUCUAUGCUCCAAUUUUCUUUGAAAACACUUCAUGGCCAGACAGCAUAAAGAAUGAUUUCUCAGCCCAGCUUCACAGGUUUCUGGCCACGUUGACUGACACAAGAUGGAAGAUGGAGGGCAAGACGGUGCUCUAUAUUCCCACGGAGGGGACCAAGAUUCCGGCAGAGGAGGCUGCAAAGAACAAGGACUUAGUGCAGAGACUGGAGACUGCCAUGAUUCACUGGGCAAGACAGAUCAAAGAGGUUCUCAACACACAAGAUGCCUUUGAGAUGGCCGAGACCUCAGGCCCUCUUGAUGAGAUUGAGUUCUGGAAGAACCGGUGCCAGGAUCUGUCUGGAAUCAGCUCCCAGCUGGACAAACCUGGUGUGAAGAAGAUUGAACUGGUCCUGGAGACUGCCAAGUCCUCCUAUGUUGCUCCCUUCAGGAAGCUGGCUAGCCAGAUCAAGGAAGGAUCACGUCAAGCAGAGAGUAACCUCAAGUUCCUGCUGGUCCUGAAAGACCCAUGCUAUGAGUUGGCUGACGCCAAACCGUCCCAGAUUCCCGCCAUGAUCCCCAAAAUUCUCAACCUCAUCCGUAUGAUCUGGGUGAACUCAGAGUUCUAUAAGACCAGGGAGAGGCUGACAGGGAUUCUGAAAAAGCUGAGUAAUGAGAUUAUCCGACGUUGCUGUAGGGAAAUCAACUUGGAGAAGAUAUUUGACGGCUAUGUUCAGAGCGGUAUGAAGUCCCUUAAUGAAUGUAUUGAGUGCUGUGAAUCCUGGAAGGAGAUAUAUAACAAGACUGCCAAGCUACACCACAAGUUCUCCCAGAUGGGCUGGGUUCUGGACAAGAGCAGCAUAUUUGCCCAGGUGGACGCCUUUGUGCAGAGAUGCAAGGACCUACUUGAGGUGUGCCAAGCCCAGAUCCACUUUGCAAGGCGUGAGGAAGGCGAAAAGACUGACAUGCCACACUUUGCGGGUCAGAAGGGCCCAGAGAUAAUGAGGGGUCUCUUGGAGAUUGAAACGACUUUCGAGAAAAAUCUCGCUAAUCUUCGACAUGUGAAGAAAACUAUCCUUGAUGUGAAAGCUACGUCAUGGCAUGAUGACUAUAAUAGGUUCCGUGCGGGCGUCAAGGACCUAGAGGUGAUGAUGCAGAAUGUGAUCUCGUCAGCGUUUGAGACAAUCACGACUGUGGAGGCCGGAGUGGAGCUGCUUGAUAUCUUCAUGCACCUGUCAGGCAGAGAGGCAAUCAAGCGUACCAUAGACAAGAAGACAGUGGAUGUGUACGCCAUGUUUAAUGAGGAGUUGAACGCAGUGAAGAAGGAACUAACACAGAAGAGUAUCCCACAGUCCCCCUCACACCCACGGUUUGCUGGUCAGGCACUCUGGGCUCGGCAGCUUAAGAGACGCAUUGAACGUAGCAUGGGGUCGCUGGACAGAGCUUUCUUCCUGCCCAUCAUAGGUUCUGGCAAGGAAGUUAUGACCCAGUAUCAGCAAUUAUGUAUGGCCCUCGAUGAAUACAUUAGGAAGACCUUCCAUGAAUGGACUCUUACCAUUGAAAAGGAGCCAAUGAAACAGCUGGAGGUUCCCCUCAUGUGCCGAAGCAUGGAGAGACCACCUAUGUUGGACAUCAACUUCAACAGGGAUUUGCUGAAGAUGUUCCAGGAGAUCCACUAUUGGGAGCGGCUCAUGUUUGAGACUCCCCACUACGCUGUGGAUGUUUACAACAAACGGGAGGAUCUGCGUGGAUUACGGGAACAUGUCAUGCUCGUCGUUAGGGACUACAACAGGAUUAUUGCGGCCCUGUCGCCAGAGGAACGAGGACUGUUCAGGGAAAGGAUCCGUUUCCUGGACAAGAAGAUCCAUCCCGGUCUCACGAAGCUCACCUGGGCAUCCAAGGGAAUAUCAGACUACUUUGUCACUGAGUGUCGACUCCACUCUAGCAAGAUACAGAGUGUUGUGGAUGAUUAUAAGGGAGCCAACAUGGACAUCUCGCAGAAGUGUGUGAACGUCAGUGAAAAUCUACUUGUGAAGAUAGAUAGUCGAAAAGUAUACGAGAACAUGGAGUUUGACGAGUCACAAGCUGCACACCGCGCUAGCGUGCAGAAGAAGCUGAAACAGUACCACGAUGAGAUCAUACACACAAUGCGGAAGACGUUCGAGGUGUUCAAGAGUGACGGUGCAGAGGUCCAAUCCCACUGGCACCGCUACACAGAGAAAAUGGACAAGAUGGUGGAAGAGGCUUUCAGGCUCAAUGUGAAAUGGUCCCUGCAGGAACUUUCCAAGGCCAUCAAUGGGGACGGAAAGUCCGCGCCCAACCCUCUCUUCCGUGUACAAGUUUGCCUUGAGGGAGAUAAGGUUGAGUUUUCCCCGACAUUGAAGCAGCUGGCUACUAUUGUGGGCAGUAUUGGCUCCCACUUGACCAACUCCAUAUCGGACAUUCCUAGAUUACCAACAAUUCUCACUAAGAAAAAAUCUACCAGGGAUCCGAUCCAUCAGCUGGUAGCUCGUGAUGAGGAGACAAAGAAGAUCCAGACGGUGAUCAGCGCCGGGAUGCAGAGUAACGCCCAGAACCUGACCAACUACCUCAGCACCUGGGACAAUUACAGAGAAAUCUGGGAGAUCCACAAAGAUGCUUUCAUCCGCCGAUACCAGAGACUCAACCCACAGGUUUCAUCGUUCGAUGCUGAUAUUGCCAGAUACACAGAGGUGGCCAACAAUGUCCAGACCCAGGAGACGAUACUGAACAUCCAGUUUGUGUUGCUGGAUUGCUCUCCCCUGAAAUACUCCAUCCUGUCUCACUGUACGGAGUGGCAGAACAAGUUUACAACACUGCUCAGCGAGAUUGCAACCAAACGUCUCAACGAGCUGCAUGCUUUCCUCAAGGACAAUGCAGAAAACGUAAGCAAGCCUCCACAGACCCUAGAUGAGCUAGGAUCAAGCCUUGAACUAUGGGAGAGCCUCAACACUGGUCGACCCCAAACUGAGGCCAAGUUCCCGCCGCUGCAUGAUCAGUUUGCCAUCCUCAAGAAAUACGAGGUUACCAUUCCGGAUGAGGUGAAUGUGAUGCUGAGUGACCUUAACGGAGAAUGGAUCACAUUCCAGGAAAAACUCAUUGAAUCGGAAGUCAUGCUUAAAAAACACAAGGAAAAGUUCAAGACAAACUUGCUGGGCCAAUCAGAGGAGUUCAAGAAACAGGUCCACAACUUGGUGGAUGAGUUUAUCACCAAAGGCCCAUUCACAAGCACUAUCGCUACUGCUGAGGCCCUGGAAAACAUUGCCAAUAUCCGUGCUCAGAUGGAGGCCCUGAAAAAACAGGAGGCUGAGAUUAGGAAGGGCCUCAAUAUCUUCAAGAUUGACCAGCCACCAUCUAAGGAAAUUGGCAACCUGGAUAAGGACCUGGAGCUGAUCGAGACAAUCUGGACGUUGAACAAAGAAUGGGAGGGGCAUUGGGACAGCUGGAAGGGCGGAAAGUUUACGGAGCUUGAGACGAACACAAUGGAGACGCAGUGUAUGACCAUCUUCAAGAAACUGACCAGAUACAGCAGAGAACUGAAGGACAAGAAUUGGGAGGUGGUUGAGACAAGCAAAAGCAAAGUGGAUCAGUUCAAGCGCACCAUGCCCCUGAUCCAGGAUAUGAAAAACCAAGCCAUGCGACCCCGUCAUUGGACCAGUAUCCAGACCAAAAUGCAGAGACCAUUUGAUCAGAAUGCGGAUGACUUUACCCUGGAAAGGAUUAUAGAGUUUGGCUUUGAUCAGUACGCAGAAGGCAUCAACGAGAUAUCAGGAGCAGCCACCAAGGAGUUGGCAAUUGAACAGGCCCUUGACGCCAUCAACCAAACCUGGAACGUGACUGAACUGGACAUCGCUCCAUACAAGAACCAGUGUUUCAAGGUGCGGAGUACAGAUGAUGUAUUCGCUGCCCUUGAGGACAACCAGGUGCAACUCUCCACGAUGAAGGCAUCACGCUUUGUAAAGGCGUUUGAACAGGAUGUGGAUAAAUGGGAGAGAACUCUGUCACAUAUUCUUGAGGUGGUCGAGAUGUUACUGACGGUGCAGAGACAGUGGAUGUACCUUGAGAACAUUUUCCUGGGUGAGGACAUUAGGAAGCAGCUUCCCCGGGAAUCAGCAGAGUUUGAUGAGGUGAACAACAACUGGAAGAUCAUCAUGGCCCGCCUUAACAAGGAUAGGAACGCCCUCCGUGGAACUCACCAUGAUGGAAUGCUAGAACAGCUGAAUGACAUGAACCUGAAGCUUGAAGAGAUCCAGAAAUCACUGGACAUGUACUUGGAGACGAAGCGCCAGAUCUUCCCGAGGUUCUACUUCCUGUCCAACGAUGAUCUCCUUGAGAUUCUUGGACAGUCCAAGAACCCAGAGGCUGUUCAGCCACAUCUGAAGAAGUGCUUCGACAAUAUCAAGUCACUCAAGAUGUCCAAGCAAGGUAUGAACAUGAAAUGGGAGGCUGCGGGUAUGUCGUCCACAGAGGGGGAGUAUGUGGAGUUUAUCAAGGCCGUGUACCUGGAGGGACCUGUAGAGGCGUGGUUGUGUGAUGUAGAGAAAAACAUGCGCUUUACGCUCAAGAAACGGCUGCCUGAGUGUCGAAAUGCGCUCAAGAAGAGUCUUACAAAGAGAGACAAGUGGAUGAAGGAAUGGCCUGGACAGCUCUGCAUUACGGCUAGCCAGAUUCAGUGGACAUUUGACAUGGGUCGUGCCCUAAACACCACCAAAGAACGCGGAGACAAGCGUGCCCUAAAGACUAUGAAGAAGAAACAGGUUUCCAUGCUCAACAAAUUUUCAGAAGCAAUCCGAGGAAACCUGACCAAGAUCCAACGUCUCAAAAUUGUGGCCCUUGUCACCAUUGAGGUGCACGCCAGAGAUAUCAUUGACCGACUGAUCAAGAUUGGGUGCAAUGAUGUGAAUGCCUUUGAGUGGCUCAGUCAGCUUAGAUUCUACUGGGAAAAGGAGAUAGAUGACUGUGUAGUGAAGCAGACUAACACCCAGUUCCAGUAUGGUUACGAGUACCUGGGUAACUCAGGCCGUCUGGUCAUCACUCCCCUCACUGACCGCUGCUACAUGACACUGACCACCGCCCUUCAUCUACACAGGGGUGGCAGUCCCAAGGGACCGGCAGGUACUGGUAAGACUGAAACCGUAAAGGAUCUUGGCAAGGGUCUGGGCAUGUACGUCAUUGUGGUGAACUGCUCCGAGGGUCUCGACUACAAGUCCAUGGGCAGAAUGUUCUCAGGUCUUGCUCAGACUGGAGCAUGGGGAUGUUUCGACGAGUUCAACCGUAUCAACAUUGAGGUGUUGUCCGUCGUGGCUCAGCAGAUUCUCUCAAUCCUCUCUGCCCUUGCUGCCGGCUCAGAGCGAUUCGUUUUUGAGGGAAGGGAGAUCACCCUUGUCUGGUCAUGCGGCAUCUUCAUCACCAUGAACCCUGGUUACGCCGGACGUACAGAGCUCCCGGACAACCUGAAGUCCAUGUUCCGUCCCAUUGCCAUGGUGACACCAGACUCCAACCUUAUUGCUGAAAUCAUCCUGUUUGGAGAAGGCUUUGGUAAUACCAAGCUUCUGGCCAAGAAAGUGUACACCCUGUACACAUUGGCCACUCAGCAACUGUCAAAGCAGGACCACUACGACUUUGGUCUCCGUGCCCUGGUGUCUGUACUGAGAUAUGCUGGCAGGAAGAAGCGAUCCAACCCCAACAUGCCAGACGAGGAGCUUCUACUGCUCUCAAUGAAGGAUAUGAACGUUGCCAAGCUGACGUCCGUAGAUCUGCCACUGUUCAAUGGAGUUAUGUCCGAUCUAUUCCCGGGUGUUGAGACACCUGCCAUUGACUAUUCUAAGCUGAAGAACGCAAUCACUAAGGAGAUGAGAGAACAUAACCUGAUUGCGAACGAACACGCUAUCACGAAGGUGAUCCAACUGUAUGAGACGAAGACAUCUCGUCACUCUGUUAUGAUGGUGGGCGGAACACAGUCAUCCAAGUCAACCACCUGGAGAAUACUGCAGGCCUCCAUGGCGUCAUUGAACAAGAACCCAGAAACAGCCGCCACCUACCAGAUAGUCAAGGACUACCCAUUGAACCCGAAGGCCUUGUCGCUAGGUGAACUGUACGGAGAGUUUGACCUGAACACCAAUGAAUGGACAGAUGGUGUUCUCUCUAGUGUCAUGAGACAGACUUGUGCUGAUGAGAAGCCGGAUGAGAAAUGGAUUGUGUUUGAUGGGCCGGUGGACACACUCUGGAUUGAGAGUAUGAACUCUGUCAUGGACGAUAACAAAAUUCUCACUCUCAUCAACGGUGAACGUAUCUCCAUGCCGGACCAAGUCUCACUGCUGUUUGAGGUUGGAGACUUGGCUGUUGCCUCCCCCGCCACGGUGUCUCGUUGUGGUAUGGUCUACAAUGACUACAUUGACAUGGGAUGGAAACCAUUCAUUGAGUCUUGGCUCUCCAAGAAAACUUCAAAGGCUGUAGUAGAGGAGCUGCGUCGUCUUCUCGACAAGUACCUGGACAAGCUUCUCGAUUUCAAAAGACUGAACUGUACCGAGCUAGUGCCUGCUGCUGAGCUGAAUGUGGUUGCCUCCCUUACCAGGCUGUUUGAUGCCCUCGGAACGGUGGAGAAUGGGGUUGAUGAGAACGACCAGGAGAACUUUGUCCGUAUGCUGGAACUGUGGUUCCAGUUUUGUAUGAUCUGGUCCAUCUGCUGUACUGUUGAUGAGGAUGGACGCAAGAAGAUUGACGCAUAUAUUCGUGAAAUGGAGGGAACGUUCCCUAACAAAGACUCGAUUUAUGAGUAUUACGUCGACCCGAAGGGAAAGACCUGGGUGCACUGGGAGGAGAAACUGAAACAUGGAUGGAAAUACAACCCAAGUCUGCCAUUCUUCAAGCUAAUGGUACCAACAGUGGACACGGUACGAUACCAAUACUUGACGCAGACCCUCAUCAAGAACCUGAACCCUGUCAUGCUGGUCGGCCCAGUCGGCACUGGGAAAACUUCCGUGGCAGAAAACACGCUCUCCAAACUUGAUCCCAAGUCUUAUAGUGUACUCACUGUCAACAUGUCUGCCCAGACCACCUCCAACAAUGUACAGGACAUCAUUGAGAGCCGUGUAGAGAAGAGAACGAAGGGUGUGUAUGUCCCCAUUGGUGGAAAGAAACUACUCACGUUCCUGGAUGACUUUAACAUGCCAGCCAAGGACACGUUCGGAUCACAGCCCCCUCUAGAGCUCGUCAAGAUGUGGCUCGACUAUGGGUUCUGGUAUGACAGGACGAAGCAGACACAGAAAUACAUUAAGGAUAUGUUCCUGGUUGCUGCGAUGGGUCCUCCCGGAGGAGGCAGACAACACAUUUCCACCCGUCUACAGAGCAAGUUUAACCUCAUCAAUAUGACCUUCCCCAAUGAAUCACAAAUCAAGCGCAUCUUUGGCAGCAUGAUAAACCAGAAGCUACAGAACUUUGAAGAGGAGGUCAAACCUAUCGGGGACAUAAUGACACAGGCCACCAUUGAGAUGUACCAGUCUGUGACCGCCAAGUUCCUGCCCACACCUACCAAGAUUCACUAUCUUUUCAACCUGAGAGAUAUUUCCAGGGUAUUCCAAGGGUUGCUGAGAGCUGACAAAGAUUUCCAUGAUACGCGUCACGCAAUGACAAGACUCUGGAUCCACGAGUGUUUCCGCGUCUUCUACGACCGUCUCAUCGAUGACAAUGACAAGGAGAACUUCAUCAACCUUAUCACUGAGAAACUUGGGACACUCUUCGAUCAGACAUACCACAACAUCUGUCCAAACAAGCAACCACCAAUAUUUGGUGAUUACUACGGUACAAACAACGUUUACGAGGAUAUCCCAGACAUCGUGGCAUUGAAAAAACUCAUGCAGGAAAAGCUUGAGGACUACAACGAGAUGCCCAGCGUUGUUCGUAUGGAUCUCGUGCUCUUUAGGGAUGCUAUUGAACACAUCUCCAAGAUUGUGCGUGUGAUUCGUCAACCCAGGGGUAACAUGUUGCUGGUCGGUAUUGGUGGAUCUGGACGCCAGAGUCUGACUCGUCUUGCAGCAAAUAUCUGCGACUACACAACAUUCCAGAUUGAGGUCACCAAGCACUACCGCAAACAGGAGUUCAGAGAUGACCUGAAGAAGCUGUACUACCAAGCUGGUGUCGAGAACAAGCCAACAGUUUUCCUGUUUAAUGACAUUCAGGUUGUUGAAGAGAGCUUUCUGGAAGACAUUAACAAUGUGCUCUCUUCUGGGGAGGUGCCAAACCUAUACAAGGCUGAUGAAUUUGAGGAGGUGAGGAAUGCCUUGUCCGAUGAAGCAAAGAAGGAAGGAAUAGAUGACCAGCCUCAGAGCAUAUUUGCCUUCCUGAUAGAGAGGGUACGGGCCAAUCUGCAUGUGGUGCUCUGUAUGAGCCCUGUAGGAGAGCCUUUCAGGAACCGUAUCCGUAUGUACCCAGCGUUUGUGAACUGUACGACAAUAGACUGGUUCAGUGAAUGGCCGUUGGAUGCAUUGUUGGAGGUUGCAGACAAAUACCUGAGUGAGGAAUCCCUGGGCAGUGAGGAGGAGGAUGGUCACAAGGGCAAUCUUGCCGCCGUUUUCUCAAUCAUGCACAAAUCUGUGUCCGAUUUCUCGGCAAAAAUGUACGCUGAGAUGAAAAGACAUAACUAUGUGACACCCACAAACUAUCUAGAACUUGUCAGUGGCUAUAAAAAACUUCUCUUUGCCAAGAAGAAAGAGCUAGGAGAUGCAGCGAACAAGCUGAAGAACGGUCUGAGCAAGAUCGAUGAGACGAGAGAGAAAGUUGAAAAGAUGUCCGUUGAGCUGGAAGAAGCUAAGACAAAGGUCGCGCAGUUCCAAAAGCAGUGUGAGGAGUACCUCGUCAUCAUUGUCAGCCAGAAACGGGAGGCUGAUGAACAACAAAAGUCCGUGGCCCAGAAGUCUGAGCGUAUCGCUGAUGAGGAGAUAAAGUGUCAGCACAUGGCAGACCUGGCUCAGAAUGAUCUAAAUGAGGCUUUGCCCGCACUUCAAGAAGCCAUCAGUGCCUUGGAAUCUUUGAACAAGAAGGACAUGACAGAGAUCAAAUCUUAUGGUCGGCCCCCAGCUCUCGUCGAGAAGGUGAUGGAGGCCGUCAUGAUUCUACGAGGCCAGGAACCAACCUGGGCCGAGUCAAAACGACAACUUGGUGACCAGAACUUCCUCAAGCAACUUAUGGACUUUGACAAGGACAAUAUCACAGACAGAGUUUUGAAGAAGAUCGGGCAGUACGUCGCUCAGACAGACUUCCAGCCAGAGAUUAUAGGGCGUGUGUCUUCGGCCGCCAAGUCCCUGUGCAUGUGGGUGCGGGCUAUGGAAGUGUACGGGCGUAUCUACCGUGUGGUCGAGCCCAAGAAGCAGAGGCUGAAUGCUGCUAUGUCACAACUUAAGGAGAAGCAGGACGCUCUCAGUGAUGCAAAGGCCAAAUUGGCAGAGGUUGAGGCCAAGAUGGCUGAACUACAGAAACAAUACCAGGAAAAGCAAGAACAGAAAGAGGAACUGAAGAGAAAGGCUGCCCACACAGAACUUAUGUUGGACAGAGCGGCUAAACUCGUGUCAGGUCUUGCUGGGGAGCGUGUACGUUGGGAGGAGACAGUAAAAGAUCUUGAAGAGAGACUUGGCUUCCUUAUUGGAGACUGUUUGAUAGCGGCUGCGUUCAUGUCCUACAUCGGCCCCUUCCUGUCCAACUACAGAGAUGAGUUGGUCCAGAAAGUCUGGCUUGCAGAGGUGAAGAAGCUUGGUGUACCAUGUGACCCAUCCUUUGACUUCUGCAAAUUUAUGGCGAAACCCACGAACGUGCGUGACUGGAACAUCCAGGGGCUGCCUAGUGACAGUUUCUCCACAGAGAAUGGUGUCAUAGUAACAAGCGCUAGCAGGUGGCCUUUAAUGGUGGAUCCCCAGGGACAAGCUAUCAAGUGGAUUAAGAACAUGGAGGCAUCAAGGAAUCUGAAGGUAGUUGAUCUGCAGCAACCAGACUACAUGCGUACAUUGGAAGGAGCCAUACAGUUUGGCUUGCCCGUCUUGCUACAGAAUGUCCAGGAAAGACUUGACCCUUCACUCGAUCCAGUGCUUAACAAGUCUCUGAUGAAGAUUGGUGGUGCAUACAUGAUCCGUAUCGGAGACAAGGAGAUAGAGUACAACCCAGAGUUCCGCUUCUACAUCACAACAAAGCUGUCUAAUCCCCAUUACACACCAGAGAUCUCCACCAAGACUACCAUCGUCAACUUCGCUGUCAAGGAACAAGGUCUUGAGGCCCAGCUGCUCGGUAUUGUGGUUGGCAAAGAGAGGCCCGACCUGGAAGAAAAGAAAGACAGCUUGGUGAGGAGCAUCGCUGAUGGCAAAAAGAAAUUGGUUGAGCUUGAGGAUGAGAUUCUCAGGUUGUUGAAUGAGACAAAGGGUUCCUUGUUGGAUGAUGAAGCAUUGGUGAACACACUACAGGCGUCCAAGAUCACAUCACAGGAGGUCUCAGAGCAACUGCAAGUUUCCGAGCAGACAGAGAUCAAGAUUGACGCAGCUAGAGAGGGCUACCGCCCAGCUGCUGAGAGGGCUUCCAUCCUGUUCUUCGUCCUGAAUGACAUGGGCCGAAUCGACCCCAUGUACCAGUUCUCCCUAGACUCAUACAUUGACCUCUUCAAGAUGUCUAUUGACAAGUCUCAGAGGAGUGCUAAACUUGAGGAGAGAAUCUUGAAUCUGAAUGACUACCAUACUUAUUCUGUUUACCGGUUCACUUGUCGCGGUCUGUUUGAGAGACACAAGCUGCUGUUCUCAUUCCAAAUGUGCACCAAGAUCCUCGAACAUGCUGGCAAACUCAACAUGGACGAGUACAACUUCUUCCUCCGAGGCGGAGUGGUGAUAGAUAGGGAGAACCAGAUGGACAAUCCAUGCUCUGGUUGGCUCUCAGACGUCGCCUGGGACAACAUAACAGAGCUGGAAAAACUGACCAACUUCCAUGGCGUUAUCACUUCAUUUGAGCAAUACCCCCGUGACUGGAACAUCUGGUACACGGCCAACGAGCCUGAGAACACUUCACUUCCUGGUGAAUGGGACAAUGCCUGUAAUGAGCUGCAGAAGAUGUUGAUUAUCCGAUCCCUUCGUCCGGAUCGCGUGUCAUUCUGCGCAACCUCUUUCAUCACAAACAAUCUUGGCUCACGGUUUGUGGAGCCGCCGGUACUGGACAUGCAGCAUGUGGUCCAGGAUUCCUCCACAAAGACGCCACUCAUCUUUGUAUUGUCACCUGGUGUGGACCCGACCAGUUCGCUGCUACAACUUGCAGAACAGAGUGGUAUGGCCCAGAGGUUCCAUGCUCUAUCUCUGGGACAAGGCCAGGCCCCAAUUGCCACCAGGAUGAUCAAGGAGGGAGUCAGGGAGGGUAACUGGGUGUUCUUGGCCAACUGUCAUCUUUCAUUGAGCUGGAUGCCCCAGCUGGACAAGCUAGUUGAACAGCUACAGGUUGAGGAGCCCCACCCAGAAUUCCGUCUCUGGCUCAGCUCUAGUCCCCACCCGGAGUUCCCCAUCGCCAUAUUACAGACAGGAAUCAAGAUGACCACAGAACCCCCUAAGGGUUUGAAGGCCAACCUGAAGCGUCUUUACAACCUGGUGACAGAGCAACAGUUCACGCGAUGUCACAAGCAGGACAAAUACAGGAAACUGCUCUUCUCUCUCUGCUACCUACACUCCGUCAUUCUAGAGAGAAAGAAGUUCCUUAUGCUGGGAUGGAACAUCGCUUACGAGUUCAACGAUGCAGACUUUGAGGUGUCAGAGAAUCUGUUGAGUAUCUACCUGGACGAUUACGAUGAAACACCUUGGGAGGCCCUUAAAUACCUGAUUGCCGGCAUCAACUAUGGCGGUCACGUCACUGAUGAUUGGGACAGGAGGCUACUGCUAACAUACAUCAACGACUACUUCAACGAUAACUCCAUCAAUACACCAUUCUUCCAACUUUCAUCCCUGACCACCUACUACAUCCCCAAGGACGGUCCCCUGUCCUCAUACAAGGAAUAUGUGAGCAUGUUACCAAAUAUCGACCACCCGGAGGCAUUUGGCCAGCACCCGAAUGCAGACAUACAGUCUCAGAUCCAGGAAACCAGACUCAUGUUUGACACGCUACUCUCACUACAGCCACAGAUCUCAUCAGCUGGUGGGGAGUCUCGGGAAGAUAAGGUGCUGGAUCUAGCUGCAAACAUCUACAAGCAGAUCCCAGAGAAUAUUGACUACGAUAACACUGUGAAGAUCCUCUCCGUCGACCCAUCACCCCUUAAUGUCGUCUUGUUACAGGAGAUCCAGCGUUUCAACAUUCUACUGGAGGAGAUCCGUAAAUCUCUUACGGACCUUGAAAUGGGUAUCCAGGGAAUGAUUGUCAUGACAAUGGAGCUUGAGAGCAUCUUCCUCUGUAUCUACGAUGGUCGUGUGCCACCUUCAUGGCUUAAGGCCUACCCAUCCUUGAAACCCCUGGCUGCCUGGACGCGAGACCUUGUACAGCGCGUGGAACAGUUUGAGAAGUGGGCGACCACCGCCCAUGCCCCGUCAAUAUUCUGGAUGUCAGCAUUUACGUUCCCGACAGGAUUCCUGACAGCUGUCCUGCAGACAUCAGCACGUCUCAAUAGUGUGUCGGUUGACAGUCUCUCAUGGGAGUUCAGUGUUAUGACUGUGGACGAUAGCAACAUCACAGGUCCUCCAAAGGACGGUGUAUACAUCAAGGGACUAUUCCUACAAGGUGCGGGCUGGGACAAGAAGAACCAAUGCCUGAUCGAGGCCACGCCCAUGCAGCUUGUCUGUCAGAUACCAACCAUACAUUUCAAGCCCGUUGAGAACAAGAAGAAAGUCACAAAAGGCAUCUACACAUGUCCGUGCUACUAUUACCCGAAUCGCACAGGCGCCAUGGGUCGACCCUCGUUCAUUGUAGCAGUUGAGCUGAAGAGUGGUGAAAAAUCAGCAGACCACUGGGCUAAACGUGGAACAGCCCUCCUUAUGAGUUUGGACUAUUAAAUGGAAAAAAGUGAAACAUCAGUUUGAAAAAAAGUGAAACAACCUUUAUAAUGGGUUUAGACAUUAAAACAAUUUAAAUGUGUUUAAAAAACACAUUGAACAACCCUUCUUUUAAGAUUGGACUAUUAAAUGGCAAAAUAGUGAAAUAUCUUUUGAAAUAGGUUUGGACUAUUAAAUUGCUUAGAAGUGAAAAAAGGGAAGAAACUCCUUGAGUUUGAACUACACGUAUUAAAUGACUAUAUAUAUAUACAAGGGAAUGAUACUGCUAUUCUAUCUGUGCAAGUUUUAUGACUCUGGACUGUAUGGUUUUUGAACUGUGAUCAGUAUUAAAACACAUUCCAUCCAAAAUAGACAUGCAAAUAAAUUUGAACAUAUACAUGUAUACAUGUACAAUGUUGUUGAACUGCUGAUUGCCAUUGCAUUUUGUGAUAACUUUUUUGUGAUUGCUUGUCAACUCCUCAUUUGAAUUUAAAUGUGCUUACCGGUAUUGUACAGCAGUUCCGUCCAUAUAGUUAUAAAUUUCUUAAUCACUUUACAUGAACAUGUACAUGAAUCUAAUAUGAUUUACAAUUGGAGUAUUAUUUAUUAUUUAAAGUCAAAAUGUGAUACACGUUUGGUUGAAUUCAGUUGUUAAGAUUGUUCUAGUAUUCUAUUUGUUCUGAAAAAAAUAAAGAUCUUAUUAUA